UUAACAGGAGGUGGAGCGGCACGAGCCGCCACAGCAGCCGCAGCAGGGUCGUGGUUGCUGCUGAAGUGAAAUAGUGAACCAGGGCGAGGGGAAGAGAGAGAGAUAGAGAAGAGAGGAAGAAAAGAGACUGUUAUAUUGCAAAAACAACUACACAGCUGUGAAGGGGGAGAGAGAGAGAGAAGAGGAAAGCGGCUGUCAUAUAUAUUAUAUAUAUAUUCCAUUCUUUCUCUCCAGGAGCAUAUAUAUAUAUAUAUUGCAAAAACAACUACACAGCUCUGCAUCUAUUGCUGCAAUCAAAGCUUUUCCAAUCGGGUCACGCCUAUUGCGAAAGAGAUAGAUAUAUAUAAUAUUUUGCUGUAUCGUCCAUCACUCUGAGAGGAUCAAUCGCCAUGUUCAGCUGGUUGGGGAGGAGUGAUCGGGGAAAGAAGGAUCCCGAGCUGUUCCAGACGGUGACGGACGGCCUGAAGAAGCUGUACAGGACCAAGCUGCUGCCCUUGGAGGAGCACUACCGCUUCCACGAGUUUCACUCGCCCUCGCUGGAGGAUGCCGACUUCGACAACAAGCCCAUGCUGCUGCUGGUGGGGCAGUACUCCACCGGCAAGACCACCUUCAUCAGAUAUCUUCUUGAACAAGAUUUUCCAGGAAUGCGAAUCGGGCCUGAGCCCACGACUGACUGCUUCAUUGCGGUAAUGAAUGGGGAUGUGGAAGGUGUCAUUCCAGGAAAUGCUCUGGUGGUGGAUCCAAAAAAGCCAUUCCGGAAGCUUAAUGCCUUUGGCAAUGCCUAUUUGAACAGAUUUAUGUGCGCCCAGUUACCGAAUCCUGUGCUUGAAAGCAUUAGCAUAAUUGACACGCCUGGUAUCCUUUCAGGAGAAAAGCAGCGCAUCAGCAGAGGUUAUGAUUUUGCUGCAGUACUAGAAUGGUUUGCAGAACGAGUUGACCGUAUCAUCCUGCUGUUUGACGCUCAUAAGCUGGAUAUUUCUGAUGAAUUUUCUGAUGUCAUCAAAGCACUGAAGAACCACGAGGACAAGAUACGUGUGGUGUUGAACAAGGCGGAUCAAAUUGAGACCCAGCAACUCAUGCGUGUUUAUGGUGCUCUCAUGUGGUCUCUGGGGAAAAUUGUCAAUACACCUGAAGUGAUUCGAGUGUAUAUCGGCUCGUUCUGGUCUCACCCUCUUUUGAUUCCAGACAAUCGCAAACUCUUUGAGGCAGAAGAACAAGAUUUAUUUAAAGACAUCCAGAGCCUCCCCCGAAAUGCCGCUUUACGAAAACUCAACGAUCUAAUCAAGAGAGCACGACUUGCAAAGGUUCAUGCUUACAUUAUUUGUGCAUUACGGAAAGAGAUGCCAGCGGUAUUUGGUAAAGAUAACAAGAAGAAAGAACUGAUUAAUGGCCUUGGAGAUGUUUACGCCCGGAUUGAACGAGAACAUCAGAUCUCUCCAGGAGAUUUUCCUAAUCUUAAGAAAAUGCAGGAUCAGCUGCAAGGGCAGGAUUUUUCCAAAUUCCAGCCACUGAAGAUUAAGCUGUUGGACACCGUGGACGACAUGUUGGGAAACGAUAUUGCUCGACUAAUGACACUCGUCCGUCAGGAGGAAUCCCAGCGGCCUGUUCCGAUUGUGAAAGGGGGAGCCUUUGAAGGCACCAUGAAUGGCCCAUUUGGGCAUGGAUACGGUGAGGGAGCUGGCGAGGGCAUCGACGACCUCGAGUGGAUUGUGAUCCGAGAUAAACCAAGCUACGACGAGAUAUUUUAUACCCUUUCACCCGUCAAUGGGAAGGUCACGGGUGCAAAUGCAAAGAGGGAGAUGGUGAAGUCCAAGCUUCCAAACACGGUGCUGGGGAAAAUCUGGAAACUGGCAGAUAUUGACAAGGAUGGCAUGUUGGAUGAUGAAGAAUUUGCCUUGGCCAACCAUCUAAUUAAAGUCAAGCUGGAAGGUCACGAACUGCCCGGUGAAAUUCCACAACAUCUCAUUCCCCCGUCAAAGAGAAAGCUGGCUGAUUGAAAAGGAAAAUGUUCUCGUUUGUGAAAUGCAGCACAAUAGGAUGAAGAUGACAAAGACUGGCGAAUGAAGAGUCAAAAUCUUAAAUCUUAACCAGGCAAAAAUAGUGUUGCAGCUUUGACAUAGUAAAGACUUUUCUUUCCUGUAUUUGCAUACAUCACAAUACUCUAUUAGCUUUCAAAGCACAGACAUCUAUUGGUGUAGGAAGGAACUGCAGAUGCCGAUUUAAACUGAAGAUAGACACAAAUUGCUGGAGUAACUCUGCGGGGCAGGUAGCAUCUCUGGAGCAAAGGAAUGGUUGAUGGUUUGUGUCUGACGAAUGGUCUCGACCCGAAACGUCACCCAUUCCUUCUCUUGAGAUGCUGCCUGUCCCACUGAGUUACUCCACCAUUUUGUAUCUAUCUUCUAUUGGUGGUUAGUUUAUUUGAGGUAGCCAAUUCUGCAUUCCCAGGAGAUUUGGCAAUAUGGUUACUGUUUGCUUGGAGGCAGAGGUUCCUUGGGAUUGUUCUUCUCUAUCGCUUGGUUCUUUUUUUAUUGUGAAGUAACAAAAUGGCACCUUAUUACUGUGACCACAAGUUUGUAACCUAUUUAAGGGCGGAUGAAAUGUUCCCCUGUCGAGCUUCUGCCCCGGAUAAUAACUGGGCUGUUUACUUUAUCCCUAAUAGUCAACUUGUUCAAGAUACUAAAGAGUAGUUCAGAUGGUUAUCCUUAACCACUGAGUAACUAGUUACCGCAAGUAUAAUUUGUAAUCACUGUUUAGAUUUUUGCCCUGUGUCGCAGCCGUAUGAACAGUAGGGUAAUGUUUUAUGAUGCUCUCCCCAUGGACAGGAAGGUUGGGAGAAAAAUGGUUUCAGAACCACACUAGCAUAGGAAUAGGUGAUUUGUAAGAAAACUUUGAUAUUUCUAUAAAAUAAGUUUGGCACUGGUCAUUUUUGAUUCACGCCCAGAAUUUCUACUUUUGAGUAUUUUCUCUUUCAAGACUUUGAAGCCUUGACUGUGAUAAAUAAUCUGUAAAGAUGGUUUUUAGUUUAAUUGGAUAUGUGACAAUGAUAAUUCAACGAAGAUUUUGACAUUUAGCAAAAAAUAAACCAAAUGUGGAGUACUGUUGAUUGUACAGCUGUAUAUUCGAGUGUAAGCUUAUGGAUCAAGUUUAAUGUGCAAUGCAGUGUUUGGAGGGAAAGUAUACCAACUCUUGUACUUGCAACAUGUUGGAUACAUUCAUACAUGUUCUAGCUUGUCUGUAUUCCAAGUGUAGCAUUUUAAACAUAGUGUGAUUCUCAACACGUCACCUGACCUUUAUUUUAAACUUGGCUUCAGUUCAAGUUACUAUAAAACAAACUUUCAUAAUAGUUAGUCCAACUUCCUUCGUUAUUAUUUUGGAUACUCUGGCACUUUUUUUUUUAAUGUUGCUUGUAUGCGAGUUCUUUGUAAAUGUAAGUUAUUUUUCUGUUCUGUAGCUCUUGAAAAUUGCUGAGGAAAAUCACUGCCGUUAUAUUGAAAUCAUAUGAAUCCAGACUCGUAGUACAUUUGUGAGUAGUAAGUCUUGAUCUUGCAUUAGAAGCAAUAAAGUUGUCUUUGUAGCAUUGAAUAUGAUUCCAUCCCACAGACUGGACACAGUGAGACCUUGGUGGGAAAAAGUACAAUUUCUCUCAUUGGUAUUGGAUGAAUGCAGAGCAAUUUGCUGAACACUUAACUCUCCCAGAAUCGUGACACCGCCCGUUCUCACAACUCUCACCUAGGAAUAUGGAUAUCGCUUACAAUACUCUGUACCAUUUUAUAACCAACAAUAAAUGUGAAAUCAUUAUUUUUAAAAAUUAAACCAGGUGAGAUUCUAAAUGUUUUUUGUUUGAGCAUUGGGGUGGAGGGUGAAGAGAGGAAAGAGCUGACAUUUGCACAAGCUCUGCACCUAAUUGUUGUUCUAUCCGAGAAUCAAUGGGACUCCUGGUUUGAGGGGAUAUGGAAGGAACAAUCAUUGAAAUAAAUCCCUUUCUCUUGAAAAAUGCUUAUAAAGCAUGAACUGUGAUUGUCCAUUAGGCUAAUCCAUACUUAAUCUCUCAGCUAAUUCCAAAAAAACAUUGACAUCAUGAUUCUGCUCAGCCCACAACAUCACCAAAACAGUCUUUGCAAUGCGCUGGACUUUUUUUAGUUGUUGUCUGCCACAAACCAUUUGUAUACUUGAUGAGCAAUGCACUAACCCAACUGCUGUGGGAUGUGGUUAGGAUAAGGACUUUUAGAUAGGAUCCAUGAUUCUGAGCAGUUGAUCGCACCAGUAUUUUUAAGUACCUGCACGAUUGAUGGGAAAGGUUUGUUCACCAUGGAGCUAUAUCUUUAUUGUGCACUGCAUUAUGAAAGCACUUUCUAGUUAAAAUUAUGAUUUAAAAUAAUGUAAUUUUCACAAUCUUUUUAAAAUGUGAUAUUCCUACGCCAUCUGCACAUUCUUAAGUAAUGGAGAAUUAAGAUGCCCUCUGCUUGUGAUUUUUUUUUUUUCCAAAUGAAAGUACCAAUGCUUUGAGAAUGCUUCAAUGCAUACCAGAGAACUUUGGUGAAAAUCUAACUACCAAAGUAUUCCUUUUAUUCCACUUGUUUAAUAGUGCUUUUGCUGCGACUCAAAGUUGAGAGUAACUGCACAAAGAUCUUUACCCACUGCCACACAUCUCCCUGUACUCCAAGCGGAAACAUUUUGGACAGUAUUCGAAAGCUCUACUAGUAUCUACUAAUAUCAAAGUGUCCACCUUUCCUCUGUAAAGGACAUUAUUUGUCACUGCUAUUUGUGCAUUAGUAAAGCCUAACAUUAUUUCCCAAGUUUUUAAUAGCCUACAAAUUGCUGUUUCAUGAAAUGGCCAUAUCUACCAAAGAUUAAUACAGCAACGUUGAAAAUAAACGCUAUAGAAAGUGGGAUUAUUUGCUCAAUGUUCGGAAAGCCAGUGUCCAUAGUGCUCUGAGUCGUAUUAAGCAGGGAUAAGGUAGGUUAUUUACUGUAUUAAGCUUGCAUUUUAUCAAAUUACCAUAUGUUUGCUGAGUGUACAUUUGGAUCUCCCUACUUCCCUCUCAACUGACCCAAAACAUUUUUUUCCCCCCAAUGGUUUUGAUCGUCUUUUAUUCCAAUGGAACCUUCUUCAUUACAUGCAUAUUUAUGUGUUUGGGUUAAUGUAGGAAGGUCACAAGGAAUUAUUGAUGUCUGGAGUUUUUAGUUGACCUCUGCAUUCUAGGUAGUGUUAUUAAUAUGACCGUUAAUUAGCAAUGUUAUUGAAGUGUAUCCAAAUAUUGUUCAGGGAGCUUGGUCUUCAGGGUAGAAUUAAUGUAGAUUAAAUACCAGUGAAUAGCAUGUUUUCCAAAUGCCUACAUUUCUGCAAUUAGGAGAGUUUGAGAUAACACUGAACAAAUGUCAAGAGUUUGGCAUUUUGUACUUUUAAAGACCAAGUAGUCAUUUCCCUAUUUGGACUGGUUGCUGUCUUUAUAAUGAAGAGUAGAACAAAGACCAGCAUUGUUUUUGUACAUUGUGGCAUCCUGUCCGAUGUGCAGAGUUUGCGAAUGCUAUAUUUAAAAGUAAAUCUUGCUCACACUAUUAUUAUUUUUUUCAAUUGUGUUCAAUUGUGUUGAACUUAAGAAAACUUCAAAUAUCAAUCCUUAAUCAACCGAGCUUCAGAAGGCAAAAAGAGAGAAAAUUGACAAUGGUUCUUGGCUGUUAACAUUACUUGUUUCUGUGGUCCCUGCAUAUGCGUGAAACAAAUUAUUCAAAGAUGCAUAUUGUAUUUUGGAAAUUCCUUUAUGGCAUUCCUGGUUCUUUACAAACUAUACAAUGCUUACAAAAAUUUGCCAAAAAGUGGUUUUCUCUGAAUAUAUUUAUCAUUUGCCAAUAAUAUGCUAUUGUACAUUUAUAAAAAUGCUAUAUUAACAUACUGUAUUAAAAAAAACCUGUGGAUUGGUGAAAUGCUAAUAAAAUGGUGUCUUAA